AUGGAUGGAAUGGGGGACGGUUCGAACGGCAUGGGCUAUGAUAUGCCUAUGCUAAUGAACCAGCAAACGCCUCUUUUCGGCGCAUACGGCCAUGACGGCUCCCCUGUCACCGUUGGUCUCCCGAACCCGACCUUCCUCGAUGAAUCCUCAAUGGGCGUGGGCGAUGAUAAUAAUGAUGCGAAACGGCGACGUAUUGCGAGGGUGAGCGUCUCUCCCAGGCUUCCGCGGCUUUCCCUCGCUGAUUUCCCCUUCCCUCUCCAGGCCUGUGACAUGUGUCGCAAGAAGAAGAUUAAAUGCGACGGCAAGAUGCCCAAGUGCUCGCACUGUAUCAACUAUAAAACAGACUGUAUAUUCACCCAGGUUGAGAAGAAGCGGAACCCCCCAAAAGGGGCUAAGUAUAUCGAAGGCUUAGAAAAUCGACUCGGGAGAAUGGAGUCCUUGCUCCGGCUCUCCGGACUGCUUUCUGAAGAUGAUGGAAAGACAGACCUUGGAACACUGGAAAAACGCCUGGCCGACAGAUCGUUUUCUGCAGGUGGCCUGAACAAUUCCAACAGUCCUACUCGGUUCAACAUGGCGCAGAAUAGUCAAUCGCAACCCAUGAGUGUCUCGCGACACUCGACACCUCGGAUGGACUGCCAGUCUAGUCCCCGGACGGCUGCUACAUCGCCUGACUCGCAAAAAGAACCCGAAAAUGAAGUAGAAGGUCUCUCGGAUUUGAUGUGUUCGCUGGUGACGAAUAAUUGCGGUGAAACUCGGUACAUUGGAUCGUCGUCUGGAUUCUCUAUAUUUUCGCCAAAAGGAAUUCAAUGGGUGAACGACAAAACCGGCGAUACCUCUUUCCAAGACAUGAUAUCUUCCGCAUACAUUGACGACAAUAAGUGGAUGUAUUGGAAGCCCGAAAUCUUUAGCGACAUUUUCGCGCGUCGCGUCUUUAAACCUUUACCUCCCAAGGAAGAGGCCCUGUCCCUCUUCCGGGACUUUUUCGAUAAUUUUAAUUGCAUGUUUCCUCUUUUCCACGAACCGACAUUUAUGCACUUGGUUGAGCGACAGUAUUCUCGAGACCCCUACGAAGGCUCGGGUUGGUGGGCCAGCAUUAAUGUGGUGCUUGCCAUUUCACAUAGGUUGCGAGUGAUGAGCAACCUGGUUCCUCAGGAAGAGGAUAAAAAAGCGUGGCUGUACUUGAAAAAUGCCAUGGGUGUUUUAACUGAGCUUACAAUGCGAAACACGGAUUUAUUAAGUGUCCAAGCUCUGCUAGGCAUGUCGCUUUUCCUCCAGGGAACUCCUAAUCCGCAACCAUCAUUCUUCCUAGUCGCCGCGGCUAUUCGAUUAUCUCACAGUAUCGGUCUCCACAAACGAGGCUCCGGGUUUGGAUUGAACCCGGUGGAGGCGGAGCAGAGGAAACGGGUCUUCUGGAUUGCUUAUAUGCUAGAUAAAGACCUUUGUCUCCGUUCCGGACGCCCGCCGGUGCAAGAUGAUGACGACAUGAAUGUAGAAUUGCCCAGCGAAGACCCUCCGGACAACAUUGGUAAUGUCCCCCUAUCCGAUGGAAAGGGAAAAUUCAAUUUGUUUCGAUCGCUGUGUCGAUUUUCCACUAUUGAAAGUAAAGUUUACAAACGCCUUUAUUCUGCCAAGGCCUCGAGACAAUCGGAUGGCGAGUUGUUGAAUACCAUUGGAGAGCUCGAUAAGGAGCUUGAGGAAUGGAAAGACAACAUCCCCCUCGACUUUAGGCCUGAGCACGAGAUCAAGGCGACGCACACGCCACUUAUUCUUCAUGUUGUUGUCCUCCAUUUUGCUUAUUACAACUGCUUGACAACGAUCCAUCGAAUGUCCGUGCAUCACGGAUACUGGACCAGUCGUCUUUCCAACUACGCCAUUCAAGGCCUAAAUGCUCGACCACUGAACCCAAGGGUAUUCCUAUCGGCAAUCCUCUGUGUGACUGCUGCCCGAGCGUCUAUCAAUCUGAUCAAGUACAUCCCGCAGGGCGAUUUUGCCUGUGUCUGGUUGAUUCUCUAUUAUCCAGUUUCUGCAUUGGUGACCUUGUUUGCGAACAUUCUCCAAAACCCUACGGACGCACGCGCCCGAUCGGAUGUCAAAUUGAUGACCGUGGUCGUUAAUUUCCUGUCCACUCUUGUAUCUGAUGAGUCUAAUGGAAGCAUCAAACGCAUGCUCGGCGUUUGUGGUGAGUUUGAGCGAAUCGCCCAGGUGGUGCUCGAUAAGGCGGAAAGAGAUUCGCAUUCAAAGAAAAAGCGCAAAACGGCACCAGAAAAUGACUCAAGGAACGCGCAGCCAAGUGCCGCCGGAGAAGCUCCUGUGGCUCCUGCUGCUAAGGGGAACGCAGCAGAUGCGUCACCCACGACGAUGCCCUUCUCUUCGCCAUCAUUUCAUGAUAACGCUCCCGAUAUUGGUCCCCAUCCAAUGGAUGAACCCACGACUUUUGGCCCGAGUCAAACGAUACCUGUCACCGGCGGCAUUCCUCCCGAUAUACCGAACAAUAUGCAUAUGCCUAGAGUUGGCCAUGAUUUCCCAGACAUGCUCAGCCCCAACACUUUGGACGGGGUCAAUUUUGGUAGCCAACCGCCCUUCACAUCUCCUAACGAUAUUCCCAUGACUCCCUCCUUCCAGCAACCAUUUGUCCCUCAGGAUCUAUGGCAAAUGCCAAUGACGAUCGAGUGGGACUGGGCGGAUAUGUCGACGACCUUCCCGGUCUUCGGUGCCGGCCCAGUACCGGAUCACUCGUGA